UGGCCGGAUCCGGGUAAUUCUAUUCCGAUAAAGUCCGCUUCACUUUCGCACAACCUCUCCGCAAAUCGAGCACACCGAUUGCGGGUUUCCGCCCGAGAAAGUUUCUUCUUACACCGAUGAGACCUUAGAAACUGUCCGCCCCUCGGUCACCGGCCUUUCGGACAGCCAAUUGAACCUACGGGACUGGCAGUCGUCGAAAAACCACCGACCGCCGCUUAUCCGGGAUACCGGUAAAGAAGGGCGACGACGUAGAAGGAAACAAUGCGUGGUCGAGGCGUGUAACUGAAGAAAAGUGAAAUUCGACAUUUUACACGAUGUUGACCACGAAGGUCAUCGCCACGCAACUGGCGGCUCUGUUGCUCUUCUAUGACUGUGUGACAAGUUUGAUCAUUCCUGAGGAACUGCCAACAAUCCUAUCGCUAAUUUACUCCAACAUUCCCCCGAUUAAGAAGGGAACGGAUUCUAGAAUCGGCGUGGGUUUCAGAUUAGGACAACAUGCAGAUUUCCAGGUUCUCCUGGAAUUAGGUCCUCAAACGGAGACCGAGCCGAUCGGCACUUUGGAGUCAAAAAAGAGAAGAAAUGCAAUGCUCAGUGCCGCCAUGAGAGGAGAACUGGGUCCUUGGGCAAAAGCUGUUGCGAAAUACCAACUACAGCGCAAAGUGGAGGAGCUACAGAGGAUCGGAAUACUAGAUGAGAAAUUGCAGAAAACGCCGCAAAUAGAAGAAGAUAAAAAGGAAAAGAAAGACCAUAAGGACGCUGGCGAGUGGUUGAAGAAAUGGAGCAAAGGAAUGAAUGAAAACUUGGAAAAUGAGACGCCGUUAACAAGCUCCGGGAGUGAAUCUGUUCUCGAUCCAAAUGGCAAGUUACUUUAUGGAAACAUGAAAGAAGCAAUGAAUCAACAAUUGCGGAAACUUUAUAAAGAGCAGCCACCGGUUGACAAAGCAUAACUGCAGAAUUAAAUGAAUUGACUAGGAAGAAUAUAUGUAUUUGUAGAUGUUAUAGUUCGUCAGUUACCAAGGGUGUUACCUUCUCUGUUCAAAUUGUUCUUAAAAAUUAAUCUGUUUGCCGUUAGGGAAACAUCAUCUGAACCAGGAUAUUAUCCGUUUUGAACCCGUCUUUGUCUUUUGUUACUUCUUUUGUAAAGAACAACGAUUCAAGGACUCGUCAUCUGAUAAUUUAUUAGUGAAAUGAUAUAUAUGUAAGGAGGUGUACUUAGCUGCAGUUUAAAACAAAAAAAUACAAAAUUCGAACUUUUUAUUGGUUCAACAUAUUGCACAUUUGAUGUGAAUAAGUUUUACAUAUCUUUGUUAUAAAUAUUAUUGUUUUACCUA